CUUGGAGGUUCCAGAAUUUUUUAAAUGUUUUGCUGAACAAUCGGUGCAGGUUAUCAGGGCCAAAAUAUUUCAUUUCGUAUGGAAAUAUGGAUAAAGAAACACUAGCUUCUAUUAUUACGUUUCUCAAACGUCGUGGUUUCAAAGACACCGAAGAACAACUCCGGCGCGAAGCGGGAGAGGAGCUGGUGCAGGCGAUCGAUGAUGUGGACUUUUCUCUGGAUGCCAGCACGUUUGGUUCCGCUGGAUCCGUAGACGAACCAUUGGAAAACGAGAGUGUUAUUCACAAUAUCAACAAGGCCAAGGUGCACCAUGGGCUGCCCAAGGAGCCGGAUAUUACGAUCCCCGCGGAUCUGGAGUUCUCCGAGGACGAGGACGACACGGAGGAUGACGAGAUGAAGGAACGACCCAGCAAGAAGCGCAAGAUAACGAAGAAGGACUUCUUUGCACGGCGCUUUCGGGCAGAUCCCAAUGCGCCUCCCGCCAGUCGUAUACCGUUUCCCCCGCUGUCAGAUUUGGAGCGGGUGGAUAAACUGAACGGAUGGAAGGAUGCAUUGAAAUUGGCACGAUUAGGUUCAGACCGUCUGCCCUCUAUUUGCUGCUUGACUCUCAUGAAUUCGGAUGCAUAUCUCUGCAGUACAUCUUUGAGCGACGACUCUUCGCUGCUAGCAGCCGGGUUUUCCGAUUCCAAAAUCCGCCUGUUCUCUCUCACCAACCGCAAACUCCGCGCCAUGAAAUCCGCCACCGACCUGGCCGAAGUCGAUCCCGAAUCGGACGACGUGUUCGAGCGGAUCAUGGAUCCGGCCAGUGCGACGAAGGAGAAAGUGUUCCACGCUGCCCACGCCGGAUCCAUCUUCGCCAGCAGUUUCAGUCCGGACAAGCGCUUCCUCAUCUCCGGCUGCGCGGACGGCUCCAUCCGUCUGUGGAGUCUGUGGCAGUGGGCCAACCUUGUCAACUACAAAUGCCACAUGUACCCGGUGACGGAUGUGGAGUUCUCCCCUAUGGGCUACUAUUUUGCUUCGUGCGGCGUCGACCGGGUGGGACGCAUUUGGGCCACGGAGCAUCCGUCACCGCUGCGCCUGUUGGUCGGCCACAGCGACGACAUCAACCGCAUCACCUUCCAUCCCAACGCCAACUACGUCGCCACGGCGGCCGCCGACCGGACGGUGCGCAUCUGGGAUAUCUCGUCGGGCAACUGUGUGCGCUACUUCACCGGGCAUAAGGAUGUGCCGCAGGCGUUGUGCUUCUCGCGGUGUGGAAAGUAUCUGGCGUCCGGCGGACGCGAUGGGAUGGUGCAUUUGUGGGAUGUUGCCAUGGCUAAGGAAGUUCUGGAACUGGAGCUGCAUACCAAACCCGUGUACUCGCUGGCGUUUAGUCGCGAGAAUACGGUACUGGCGUCUGCGGGACACGAUGGAAUGGUGGGAUUGUGGAACUGGAAGGGUUUAUCGGAACAGUAUCAGGCGGAUAAUGUUUCCUUCGGUGCCUCGGGUUCCGGCGAAUUCCUGAUCAAGAGUUAUCCCACGAAGAAGACGACUUUGUUUAAUGUGCAUUUCACAAGGCGUAACAUUUUAUUGGCCGUUGGGAAGUUUGGAGAAAGUUAGCAAGACUUCUCAGAGCUACUUUCCGGUGUUACGUUUACUGCUGAUUGUUAUGUACGGAUACCUAUUCUGCUGCCGGUUUUCCUCCAUGUUUAGCGUAUGCUAGACUUAUUGUUUUAUCCUGUAUAUGUAGAAUUUAGAUUAUGAAGAUCAAGAUCGCAGUUUAAUGCGGGAACCUGAAAUUAUUGUAAUAUUGUGUGUUUGCUACUCUUGUUUUGCUGUACAUUUUCUGGUGGCUUCUUUUCGAAGCCAGAACUUACAGUUACGAUUAGUUUAAUGUUAAGAAAAAAAUACGUACUGGUACGAUGGCAAAGAAAACUCAA